AUGGGCGGCGGGCAGGCGGGCGGGCAGGCAGGCAAGCAGGCAAGCAAACUACACAGACAUGAGCAGCAAGUGGAGAUGACGGUGCGUGUGAGUGUGUGUGUGUGCGCCGCAGGAGCAGGCACAGACGCAGGUGCAGGAGCAGCAGCAGCAUCAGCAAGCAAGCAGGCAGGCAGGCAGGCGACUCCAACAACCCCUGAAGGGAGGGCCAGGGCUGGGCUGGGGAAGCAGCAGCUGGCGGUGGUGCGCGGUGGUUCGGGUUGGGCGGAAUCCACGACAUUGGACGAAGCUAGAAGGAAGCGAGUAAGGCGGACCAGGGGAGAGUUACAAGAGCGUUGGACGUGGCUCGUAAGAGGAACAGGAUCACCAGCGCAGCCCGACUCCCCGGGACCCAAAGGCUCGGCGCUAGAGGGCCCGCACGCCUUUCCCAGCGCGGACCUUUGCAUUUGCAGCAGACAUGGCACAGGCGGACGCACCGGCGGAGGCACAGGCGGAGGCACAGGCGAGGGCACAGGCACAGGCGACUGA